AUGAGGUUAUCUGUCAUGGUAUUCCAGAUCUGCGAGUUCUGGAGAACGGUGAUCUGUGUAAUGAGCAUUGCAGUUGACAUUACGGUAUACCAUCGCGGAUUUCACGGGGAUUUAAAUGAGACUUUUCUCGUUGGUGACGCUGUCGAUGAAGAGUCGCGGAACCUUGUCCGUGUCACGUAUGAGUGCUUGCAGCAAGCCAUCUCUAUAGUCAGACCAGGUGUAAAAUUUCGUGAAAUUGGAAAUGUGAUUCAAAAACAUGCUAAUGCCAAUGGUUUUUCUGUUGUGAAAGCCUACUGUGGCCAUGGAAUUCAUAGAUUGUUUCAUACUGCUCCUAACGUGCCCCACUACGCAAAGAAUACUGCAACGGGUGUGAUGAAAGCGGGUAAUUCGUUCACAAUUGAACCGAUGAUAAACGCUGGCAGUUACCAUGAUGAUCGCUGGCCAGAUGACUGGACCGCUGUUACGACGGAUGGUAAGCGAUCCGCUCAAUUCGAGCAUACUCUUCUUGUAACCGAAAACGGUUGCGAUGUUCUCACGGCUCGUGAAGGAAAUCGACCAUGGUUCAUGGAUCAAAUUGAUAGGUGUUAUAGUAAGUAA